AUGAGUGAAAGAAGAGGAAAUGGUGCAGCAAUGAUGCUGUUGUGUAUGUUGGUGGUUUACUCAGAGAUGGUUCAUGGAACCACCUUUCUGGUUGGAGAUGAAGGUGGCUGGACCUUCAAUGUCACUAACUGGCCUAAUGGAAAGCAGUUUAAGGCUGGUGAUAUACUUGAAUUUCGUUAUGAUUGUAUGUCUCAUGAUGUGUUGAAAGUGGAGGAGUUUGGAUACAACACAUGCAUUCCUACGAUUGGAUCAAAACCUUACACUUCAGGAAAAGAUCUGAUUCAGCUUGAAAAAGGAACUAAUUACUUCAUCUGUGGUUUUCCUUUUCACUGUCAGGGUGGCAUGAAGAUUGCAAUCAAUGCUGUCUGA